AUGGUCAAGCUCACAACAGUCACAGCUGCGAAUGUCGCAUUUAUCAAGAAACAGUCACUGACAGCCGUCUUCGUGGGAGCGACGAAUGGUAUUGGCGAAUUCACAGUCCGCGAACUGUGCAAAACGCACGGCCAUGAAGGGCCCAGCUUGAGAAUCAUCAUCGUCGGUCGCAAUGAGAAAGCCGCUCAGCAGAUCAUGACUGAAUGCAAAUUUCUGUGUUCGUCUGUUGAUUUUCACUUCGUACAAGGCGGCGAUAUCAGUUUGCUUCACAGUGUAGACAAAUCAUGCGACGAGAUCAGAAGCAUUCUCGAGACCACGAAGACAACCAGCAUAGACAUGUUGGUUAUGACCCAAGGCAAGGUGGAAUUUGGACCCCGGAUCGACACGAAGGAAGGUCUUGACAAAUCGAUGUCCCUGCUUUACUACUCGCGUAUGCGCUUCAUCGACAAUCUGAUCCCAAGCCUGCUUUGCUCGACUUUACAUACCGGCGCUAGGAUCAUCUCGAUAUAUGCAGGAGGCGCAGAAACUAUGGGCACACUCUAUUCCAGCGACCUCUCACUUGAUCAAUUCAAGCACUAUUCGUUCGCGAACUGCCGCACGCAUUCUGUUGCCAUGAAGACUAUGUAUCUUGAGGAUCUGGCAGACAAGCAUGCCGGAAAACUCAGCUGCUCGCACAUGUACCCUGGCCUGGUCGUUCACAAAGGCUUUGACGACCCGAACUAUCCAUUGUGGUUCAAGAUCAUCUGGAGAAUUGUAAAGCCAUUCACACGAUUCUUUCCCAUGUAUCUCACCCCAGAGGACAUCGGACAGAGAGUGUUAUUUCUGGCAUCAGGACAGCGAUAUGCGCCCAAGGGAUCAGAAAUUGAUGCUGAGACUGUGGAUGCGACAGAUGGUGUCAAGGGAGGCGGCGCAUACUCGGUGACGUACACGAAUGAGAUCAACGAUGUGAGCAAGUUCUACCAGAAUUUGAGAGUUCAGAAUUUCAAAGAGGCCGUCCUGCAACACACCGAGGAUGUGUUCAGAGCUAUCGAGAGGGAUGGCGUCUUCCAGCCAUCAAAGGCAGGCUAA